CCUCAUGCAAACCACAUCCCAUGCCUGCCUUGAAGUAAUCGAACACAUUUGAGCCAUUCAAUGGCGUAAGAUGAGCGCACCUACAAAUUCUUGCUCCUUGCCCCUCUGUGUUUUAGUUCUCGAUCGUUUCCAGCUCAUGGAUGAUGAUGACGAUGAUAAAGAGCUCCGAUCGUUUCUUCGAUGCUCUUGACAUAUUUCCAGCUUCUUCUAAGGAUUCUUCUAAUGGAUUUGACUCUUAUUUCUCAGAGAACAGAGAGAAUUCUGUCCCCAAAGGUUGGAGUGAGAAUUCUCGGCACGAUCAAACCCUAGAAUUCUAUAAUGCUGGAGAAACAAGCGAACUCUGUAGUAGAAUGAAAAACAUCGAUUUCUUUGAUGCUUUUGAUGAACCUCUGGCUUAUGAUGAACCUGAUGUCCAUUUUGUAGAGAAGGGAGAGAUUUUUGAAGGUUUGAGAGAGAAGUUGCAGCGCGAUGGAGGCCUAGAAUCAUCUUCUGUCACUGAAAUUAACCAGUUAUUUAAGAGGAGGAAUAUGCGUUUUUUUGAUGCUCUUGAUGAAUUUCGGCCAUCUUAUCAAGAAAGGUUGGGCAGAGAUCCAACUGGUGAUUUUUCAGAGGAGGGUGAUAUUUCUGUGCUUGAAAGUUUGGAAGAGAAGUCGCAGAGCAAUCAAACCCUUGAUUCAUCUUCUGUUGCAGAAAGCCGCCAGCUUUUUAAGAGAAGAAAGAAAAGAUCCCUGAAUUACAUAUUUGAUCCUAAAAUUGAAUAUCAAAGGUGCGAUUCAUUGUCCCGUAGCUCUACUUCUGAUGGAUUCAGUAACAUAGAUGGCUUUAAAGACAAAAAUUUGGGAGUAUCAAUUGCUAGAAAUGAAUGUGAGAAGGAGAAUUUAAGUUUGGUUAACUCUGGCAAUGAUAGUGAUAACAUGGGAAUAAAUUUCGCGGUUUCAAUUGUGAGAAAUGAGUAUGACGCAGAGAAGUUAAAUUUGAAUGUCAAUAGAAGGGACCAUUUACAUGAGAUUUCUUCUGCUUCAUCUAUGAAAAAUGAGUUUGAUGGAGAUUUUCUAAAUUCUUCAGCUUCUAUGUUGGGUCAAAGUCAAAUCAGUUUUAAAAAUGAUUGCUUCCCUGAUAAAUCUAGGGUUUCGCAUUCAACAAGUGAAAUGGAUGAUGAUUUGAAAGGAACUGAUUCUCUGACUUCUGGUCUAAGUUCGGGAGAAAUUAAUGGCAGAAGUGGUCGAAUCAGUAGCACUAGUGAUGGUUCAGGUGGGGUUUCUUUAUUGACUGUGGAAGGUCGUGGGGUUGGUGUCCAACCUUCUUCUGCAUUCAGUUCAAUUGUGGGCAGUGGUGAUAGUGUCAGUAGAAGGAAAGAUGAUAAAUUAAAUGUUUCAUCUAUACUUUUCCUCAAGAGAAAUGAAUCUCAUGAAGGCAUAAGAAGCAUUGAUUCUUUGCCUCUUAAAUCUAGAUUGGGUUUAAAUCAUAGCAGAAGUAGUGUCGUAAUUAGUGGUAACAAUGAGUUAUGUGGUAUUUCUAAGGGUCCAUUUGAGGAAAGGGAAUCUGAGAAAGGCUUAGCAGUAGUUGAUUCUUUGGCGUCCAGUUGUUUGGGCACGGUGGUUUCUGAAGGGGUUGUCGAUACUGAAGAUAAUGUAGGAUUGAGUAGGAGGUAUUCUGUAGCUUCAAUUGGAGAUUUUUUGGUUUGGGUUGCUAGAUUCAUACUUAAAUCCAUUGAAUUUCAGUUAGGUUUAUUUGUUAAAUUUAUAUGUUUUCCAAUUUGGUUGCUUCAAACCUCUUUAAAAUGUGUCAUCCACCCAUUCCAAAUUGUAAUCCUUGCAAGGGAAAGCACAAAUAGCAUCUUGUCUAAAGUUUACACCUUCCUACCUGAUCGGGUUGGUAUGUUUGUUCAAGGGAAUUUUUGGGAAGAACUAUCAAUUGCUAAAUUGGUGAAGAGGAUUGGAUGGGGUUGUUUCUGGUCAUCCUAUGUUGGGUCUAUCCUGAUUCUUCUUUUUCUUAUGGCCUUUUUCAUGGGGGGGAUUGUGAUGCAAAAUAUUGUGGAGAAACCAAUUCAGAUGACAGAGACCUUGAAUUUUGAUUAUACGAUGUCCAGUCCGGUUGCGAUAUCGCCAAUUAAAUCCUGUUGUGUGAGCGCUCCUUAUGAGAAAUAUAGAGAAAAGUUGAAGCCUGUAAAGUGUACAGGACAAAGACUUAUCCCAGCCAACCAUAAAUUGCAGCUCACUAUCUCGUUAACUUUGCCAGAAUCAGAUUACAACAGGAAACUUGGAGUCUUCCAGGUUGCAGCAGAAUUCAUCUCUAAAGAUGGUACAGUCAUUUCUCGUUCAAGCCAACCAUGCAUGCUGCGGUUUAAGAGCCCAAUGAUCCACAAUGCUAAGAUCAUCCUGAAUAGUGCUUCUCUUAUUGCUGGCUAUGCCAUGGAGUCCCAAACCCUCCAAUUGAAGAUGGAGGGAUUCACCGAGGGAUACAAUCCCACUGCGUGUAUACGAGUCACCCUUGAACAGCGAGCUGGAUACGAACAUGGUGCUGGUAUACCUGAAAUUUAUGCUGCUGAUAUGCUGUUAGAAUCUGAACUUCCUCUACUUAAAAGAAUCAUAUCGAGUUGGAAAAUUACUAUAUUUAUAUGGGUUAGCACUGGGAUUUUUGUCAUGCAAGUACUAGCGAUUCUUGUUUGCUGUAGACAUCUUAUAUUUCCUAGUCCAAGGCCCCGAAAUUGUUCGGCUAAUACCGGAGGUGGGGUUAAUUCUGUUAAUAGAAGUGGUGCCGUUAAAGAGAAUUCCAAGACCAGGGAUGUGCAGUAACGCAAUUGGAAUUGGUAUGCCAAGGUUUAAAAGUAAUUGUAGACUUGGACAAGGGCGAGUAGUGGCAUGCUAUGUUAGAUUGCACCCGUUCCGUAGAUUGGCACCUUGCACAAUGUGUAGUCCAUCAAGGUUGUCUGAACAUUCGAAUGAGAAAUUUGUUCAGUCCUCAGGUAUGGUGCUCUAACUUGUAUACAUGUAUAACAGUAGAGAUGAAAACUUUCCCUUGAGGUUCUUGUUUGAGGAGAGGUAGCUAUUUUCCUUUCAAAUCAGACCAUAGCUAUCAGGAUCACUCAAUCUAGAUGCUGAUUCCGCUUUGGAAUCUA